AUGUCAUCCACUCGUAUAUCAAUCACACUCACCUCUCCCUCUAGCGACUUGCACAAACCAGUCAUAUCUGUCCUCGAAAGACAUAGUGGCUCUGAGUACUACGUCUAUGAACGCAAAGAAUGCUGGCAUAUUGGUCUUGAAUCCCACAGAUCACUGAUAAUCGACUCCAGCGGGGAGAACAAAACAAUAUCAGUAGCUGGAGAACCAAGCCACCACUUCCCAGUGACGAAGCCACUACCUGAUAUAGCAAGAGAAUUCCUCCAUGAGUAUUGGGACCACACAUCCAAAGUAUACGGACACAUGAUACCUCGCAUAGAAGUACUCAUCGACUCAGACAAAAUUACACUCACCGGGGAUGACACCAAAGAGGUCCUGGAAUUGUGCGCUCUGCUAAAAGAGACAUGUCGGUGUCACAACACACCAUCCCCCGCUCAUGAUUUUCAACACGUUGACGUACAUGAAAACUCCAGCCAAUACAAAACCCUAGUUCAGAAAGCUCUAUCACAAAUUCAGCAGGACCACUACACCAAGAUAAUUUUAUCUCGACCAGUCAACCUCCAACACCGAGUGAACAUGCCCUCAACCUUGCACUGUGGUCGUCAAUUCAAUACACCCUCUCGCAGCUUCUCCCUCCGCCAUGGCGACUACCAAGCCACCGGAUUCAGCCCCGAACUCGUCAUGUCCCUAGACAAAGGGGUAGUAACCACAGAGCCUCUAGCGGGUACACGCUCCCGCAAAAGCACAGAAGCCGAAAUCCAAAGACUCCGACAUGAACUAGAAAACGACAGGAAAGAGAUAGUCGAGCACGUCAUCUCCGUCAAAGAAGCCGUGCAAGAAAUCAGCCAGCUCUCCGACAAGCCCGUGGUGGAUGACUUCAUGUCAGUACGGGUACGAGGCAGCGUGCAACACCUUGGUUCUCGGGUCUGCGGACGUCUAUCCCCAGAUAAAGAUAUGUGGAAUGCGUUCAAUGUUCUUUUUUCAUCGAUUACUGCGUCGGGUAUUCCGAAACAGGCUGCGAUUGAUGCUAUUUCUCGCCUUGAGUCGCAGCCUAGAGAGCUCUACUCGGGUGCUGUUCUGAUGAUUGAGGAUGAAAAUACCAUGGAAGCUGCACUUGUACUUCGUUCUGUUUUCCAGGAUCGUGAUCGUCAGUGGAUCCAGGCUGGUGCUGGCGUCAUUGCAGAAUCGGACCCUUCCAGAGAGUUGACUGAGACUUGUGAGAAACUUGCGAGUAUUGCGCCUUUUGUUGUGAGGGAGGCGAAGGGAUUGGAGAAUAGGCUUAAUGGGUAUCAUUGA